CUGGACAAGAAAAAGAAGAAACUUGCGCCACGAAGUAGUCUUCAAUUUAAAGUAGGACCGUCCUUUAGUGGAACUACUCAUUUCCAAACGUUAUAUGCCAGUUCCAGUAACUGCACUAUAGUUCCAAACAUUAGCGCUCGAGUUGACCGAGGGUUUGACAAGCUUGAUGGAGAGUGGGUUGGGUAUAAGCGGAACUAUUUUACUUUGGUGGCGGCAUUUCAAUUUAAAAAUAGUCCCGAAGACUUGAUUGAAAGAGAGACGUUCUAUAUUAUAGAAGAUGGAAUCCGCGAAGAAAUUGAAUGUUUUGCGCUUAAGUUGGUUGCAAAAUGCCACGAAGACGAGACCCCAGUACCUUUGGUUCAACAUACAGCGAAAAGAGAUCGAGGUCCUCAAACAGUUCCACCAAUAUAUCCGGCAAUUCCAAGCCAUUUACCUCGGCACGAAGUUAUCAGAGAAGUUGCCAAUAUUAGAAAUAAUAAUAAAAUUGAUAAGUAUAAUCAACUUUUUUUCGCUCCUGAUGUUAAAAUGGGAAAUCAAGCACCAAUUGGAUCUAUUUUAAAAACGUAUCCUGAUGGGAUUGAAGUUGCCAAAGUUGCCAAAUAUGAACGGAUCCAAUUCUCAAGUUCCGAAUCCCAUAAAAGAACGGCAAUGACCAACAAACACAGUAUUUUAGAAGUUCAACUCGUCGCAGUAUUAGAUAAUGAUGAUGAAGUACUAUUGGCUUCUACUAAAACACCACCGUUAGUUGUCAGAGGUAGGUCUCCUUCAAAUUAUCAC